CUUCCGUCCGGUGCGGUCGUGAUCGUCAUCUGCUCCUGUGCGUGCCCGGCGUGCGUGCGUGCGUGUGUGUGUGUGUGUACGCACUGUUUGUGGCGUGGUCGAUCGUACGCCGCCAUUCGCUGUGUAAAGGGGAGGAUGUAACUGUGCCGGGGCGGAACGUCGAUCGACACCCGUCCGCCCGCGCCCGUUCGGUGAAGGGAAGCUGACACACUGAUCGCUGCAAAAAGUGUGUCUGUGUUCGUGUCUGAGUGUGUGGAACAAAACCAGUGUUGUGCGCCGGCCGGAUAGAAUCCGUCUGUGUAUCUACCACCAAUACCAUCUGUCCACCGGAUUACGACGACGACGACGACGACGGCGGCUAAGCAGCACGUGCAAGAGUGAUGUUGAGUGAAAAUUAGCAAAAAAAGAAUAGAAUUAUCAAAAAAGAAGAGAAAACAUAGUUGGCUUAGAAACGGAAGAUUUUUCCAACGUGUACCAGCCAGUUAGUGUGUGUGUGUGUAUGUGUAGUAGCCCUUGGAUGCCAAUCAAGCAGCAACCUCAGUAUGCCAAAUGUUGUUUUCCCCCUCCCUGGAGCAGUAUCGUGCAAACAAAGUAAAAGUGUUUUUUGAGAUGAAUUUUUCGUAAAGCCUCUGUUUGUACCGAAGCGGUGGAAAAAGCAGCGUGAAGAGAAUUACGUGAUAGAAUUGUUUGAAAAGAGUUGCGCAUUUUUGUCUGCGGGAAGGUGAAACGAUCACCAUAACACAAACCGCACGCAGUUCCGGUGCAGUCGUCGGUCGUCCAGCUGCUUCCCGGAUGGAUCGAUCAGCUAGCGGAAGCAGUUAGUAGCGUUGAAGCUUCGGGACACAUACCUCAACACUGUUCCAAGUUCAUCAUCAUCAUCAUCAUCAUCAUCACAUGAGCAUCACAGUAAAGAAGCCAGCUGAAUGAGUGCGUACAGUUGAUAGAAGGGGCAAACACCUUGCGACACACCUUCCCUCUCGGAUAUACUGGAACCGGAAUCUUCCAACUCGUCCAGAAUGGCGAACUACUUCCUGUGCCUUGUUGUUCAACGGUUGGUUCUGCCGCUCAUUCUCGCAACAUGCGUGCUGAUGAGACCGGUAGGACUGGCCAUUCCAUAUUUGAUAUGCCUAUUAGUAAUACCGUACGUGCCUGUUGCCAACAAGAAAACUAUCCAGGGACCAACUGGACUUUUUAUGAGGCUACUAAUACUGUUUGUCGUGCUCGACCUGGCGGCUGUGAUCGUGUUCCAGCUGAUACUGAUCUCCUUCCCGGGCAGCUCGGUCGAAUCGUGCAGUCUGGGCGAGAUUAUAAUGCGCCACAUUGGGCUGGUGUCGUUCAAUGGGCUCGGUGCCUGGAUGGUGGUGUACUGGUUGGCGCCGGAAGCUAUCCUGCUGGUCGGUGCAGUGACCGUGCACAUCGUGCUGCGGAAGCUGACGGGCGUGAUAGUGCCGAGGCGGAGGCGACGGAGGAGAGGUGCCGACGGUAACACGGCCGAAGAUGACACCGAGCAGGGCGCUGACGCGGAAGGAGAAGGACCAGCGGCUGAGGCCGAGGAGAGCGAACCGCAGACGAGCCUGAUCAGCCCGGAACGGUUGCCCUUCUUCACCACGCUGGGCGUACUGCUGUCGAUGUGUAUGCUGUGCGUGGUCGGCAUCAUACAACCGUCCGCGAUUAGUGGCGUGUACUUUGUGGUGUUUCUCGGUGCUGCCUCCUGGUGGGGAUGCUACAAGAAGCUAGAUAGAGCGUUUGGAAUAGUUUUAAAAAUCGUGCUAGUAGUGCUAGUCAUACACAUCGUGCUGCUGCUAGCGUACCAGAACCCCUGGCCCCAGGAGGUGCUGUACUUUAACGAUACGGCAGCGCGCGUACUCGCCCUGAAGCCGAUCCUGAACUCGUCCUGCAAUCUGGCGAACGGGACCGACAUCCGGGACGUGCACUUCAACUCGGAUCUCGACACGGACGUGUAUCUGAAUCCGAUCUUCCUGCUGCUCUGCUACUACACGCUAACGAUGACCUCAUCGUUGCUGUUACGAACAAGAAGCGAUACUACAAAGGACAGAAAACGGUUGGAUCUGUCCAGUCAGCUCGAGAACGGCAUUAGGCUGCAAAAUCAGAUCUCCUUCCGCAUGCAGCGCAAGAACAUUCUGCGCAAAACGCUCACCAGCGAUCGGUGGCGCGGUGCCGCCCGGAAGGUGAAACUGAUGCGCCGCGGAACGCAUAGAAUUCGAGAUGCGUCGGCGAACGAUGGCAAAGAUUGUGCUCAAACCGAUCAAAUAGCGUUAGAAAGCUUAGAAGAGGAGGAACCUUCGAGCUUCUUCGAGCAGGCACUGCUGGCCAUACGGAAUGUGGCCUCCUACAUUUAUAAGAAUAGUUACAUCUUUACUAAUGUCAUAAUGAUGGUUUGGAGCAUCAUGUACCAUAGUUGGUUAACGUUUGUGCUGCUGCUGUGGGCCAACCUGAUCUGGAUCUUACCGAACCAUCGGAAGAACAUGCUGAACUCCAGCCCGUUCCUGGUAAUAUACGCGGAAGUGCUACUGAUCGCUCAGUUUCUUUACGGGAUGAACCUAACCGAAGCAGAGCUUCCUACGGUCGUAGAGGGUUCCGGUAUCAACCUGGAGCAACUAGGGUUUGUACGACGCACCGAGUAUCCGAUCGUACCACUUCUCGUGAAGUCACUAUUUACCACGAUGUUCUGGAUCUCGCUGCGCCAGCUGAUCCAGGAGAAGCAGACGGAGCGUCGCGAAUCGAUGAUCGCCAAUAUGGCGGCUCCGCUGCAGCUACCGGUUGGGGCAGCAACGACCGCUGCCACAGGGCCACCGUCCGCAACGGAACGACCGCCCGAGAAGAAGUCGUCCGCGAUCGUCGAUCGGAUGGCGAAAUUUUUCCGCUCCUUCAUGAUCAAAUUUUGGAUCUGGGUAGUCGCCCUGACACUCUUUCUGUCCGCCAUCAUUGGCAACCGGAUGACCGUGUUCCGGAUCGUGUACAUGGUGCUGUUCCUGUGCUUUUUACUUUCGUUCCAGUUUUCAUUCAGUGUGUGGCGAAGAGUAAUGUUUACGUUUUGGAUAACCGUCAUCCUGUACUCGAUGGCCAUCUUGAUCUUGGUGUAUCUGCAUCAGUUCGAGCAGUUCCCGCGGUAUUGGGCGGCAAUAGGCAUAUCAAAAGAGUUGCAGGAAGAUAUAGGGUUGGAAAUAUUUAAAACGGGUCAACUAUUCCUACACUUGGUUAACCCAACGUUAGUCGUCAUUAUUACCGUCAUUCAGCUCCACUAUUGUCACGACAGGUUUUUGAUCAUUAGCGAAAUCCCAUCCGUCCAAACCGAAGCAGAACAGUCGGACGAGGAAGACAAGCAAGAACCUGUGGCGCCUGCCACCGAUGGACCCGCCUACGGCACGUUUACGAACGCCGAUAAUGGAGCGAUACAGGACUCGGCAGAAGCUGUUCCUCCUGCUACCGAUACGACCGUGGGACAGAAAACCGAUGCUCAACCCGCUCGGGAGAAGCUUCCGCUCGAGGAGGACGACGAUGAUGAGGAACAGAUUGAAAAGAUUGAAGAUUUUCGCUUCCGGAAGCUCUCCAGACAGGAGAUUACCGGGUUUGCCCGAAAAGCCUGGAAAAUGGCACUCGAUCUGCUGGAGCUAACGUGGCUGUUCUUCGAAAUCCACUUGCUGAAGAUCGUGCUGAUCGUGGCGUUCUCGCUGAGCGUCAACUCGGUCAACUUCCUGCACCUGCUGUACGUGGUGCUUUCCGUGUUCACGGUAAAGGCCCACACGUCCGGCAAGGAUUCGCUCACGUACAUCUACCAGAUCCGCAUAACGCGCAUCAUGUCGCUGUUUUCUGCCAUAAUGCUCAUCAUUACCAUGAUCUAUCAGGUGAAGUACAUCAAGGAGGGCGACUUCCAGAGCGAAUGUCCCAACAUUGACGCGAACACCACGCUCAUGGACAUGAACAAUGCCAAGUGGAUAGGGAUGCGCAAAACGGGCUCGGGUGAAACGCUGUCCGAUCUGUUGCGCCCGUACCUGGUGUACAUUCUGCUAGUGACCGUGCAUCAGGUGAUCAUUCUGCGCCAGACGAUACACCGCAUGCGGCUGGGACGUUCGCCCAAGACGCCGUCGCUAAUGUUCCCGAACAUAGUGCGGGCCGACGCGGACAAGGAUAUACCGCGCAUGAUCAAGUACCUGUUCAACUACGGGUACUACAAGUUCGGCAUUGAGAUAUCGCUCGUCGCGCUAAUCGUGGUGGUGGGGAACCGUAUGGACGUGCUGUCCAUUUUCUACGCCAUCUGGCUGGCGGUCAUGUUUCAUAUGACGCGCGACGGCCUGCAGCGGCUGUGGAGAUGGCUGACGUGGUUCAUCGUGGCCGUCAUCCCGAUCCAGUACGUGCUGUUCGUGGGGCUGCCACCGUUCGCGUGCGUCAACUAUCCGUGGUUCGUGCCGCAGCUGGACCACUUCCGCAUCUGGGCGAUGCUGCCGGAAAAUUCGUACGAGUUCCGCAGCUUCGCCAACAAGAUGGUGUCGGACUUUGUGCUGCUAAUGUUUCUGUGCCGGCAGACGGUGGUGUUUCGGUUGGAGCGGGAGCCCCCGCGUCGAUUUGGCGGCGGUAGCAAUCAGUCGGUGCUGGGCGAUUUUCAAAAGCUGGACGAGGGCAACUUCCAGAACCCAACGCCGGACUUCAUCACGAAGGUGCGCAACUGGUUGGAUAUGCUGAAGCGGACGCUGUUUUUGGUGUCGUUCUGGUUCACGCUGGCGGUAGUGUUUCUGUCCGGAUCGAGCCGGGUAAACCUGUUUUCAAUCGGUUACCUUAUUGGGGCGUUCUUUUUCCUCUGGCAAGGGACGGACUUUUAUCUCCAUUCGAUCGAGUAUAUCUUGAAGCGAUGGAACAUUCUCAUAUGCUACAACGUGUUCGUCAUCGGUGCCAAAGCGUUUCUGCAGCUAUUCGGCUGCCUGUUCCUGGAGCAGCUGGUUAACAACAACUGCUGGGUAAUGCAACUGUUCGGUAUGAACUGUCUGUCCUCAGCACUUCCACCCCUCCCACCCGGUACGGUAGAUCCGGGCGAGCAGUGCAACAUACCACCUGCCUCCGAUGCCGGACUGUUCUGGGACGGGAUGUGUUUCGCCUUUCUACUGCUGCAGCGGCGCCUCUUCUCAAGCCAUUACUUCUGUCACAUCAUCAACGAGUCGAAGGCCAGCAAAUACUUGGCAUCGAGGGGUGCCGAGCUCAUCGAGGAGUUGCGUAUCAAGGAAAGUGCCCAGGAGGCGGAACGCGAACGGCAAAUACUGGAGAAGAUCAAAGCCAAGAUGGAUCGCAUCAAAGCGACGCAGCAGAAAAUACUGGAGGCUGUGCAGGACCCGGCUACGCAUGCCAUAGGCUACCACACGCCGAUAGAGGACGAGCUGGCGGCAAACUCAAUGUUCAUCGAGGGCGAGGGCCUAUCGGACAUGCCGUCGGACAAUGGUGGACUGACGGUUGGGCGAGGCUCGUACCAAACGCAGAUACCCUCGCCAAGCUCCGCGCUGAUGACAGUGUCGCUGGAUGCUUAUCUGGACCCGCAGCGAAUGUCCUUCGACUCACCGAACGAUUUGAUGGCGCGUGUGUGCAGCCCCGACGAUACGUUCCCCGUUUUUUCGCCGCCACCGUUUGAAAAGGAUCCGAGGGAGCCUUUAAGCUCGGCAGCAGCACCGUACGUGACCACCACUACUGCGAACACCCUUAUGCCACCGCCAAAAACGGCUCUACAGACGCGUCAGCAUCGUCGACAGUCGAGUUUGAAUGCUGUCUCGUGGCCAGCGAACAAUGAGCUUACUGUCAGCCCGAAGGCGCAACAUCGAGCCGUUCCAAGUGGCAACAUCAACAUCCCAACAGAAGACCCAACAACCGAACAGCAGCAACCUUCCCAAUCACCGCGUUCGCCUCGCUCACCUCGAUCGGCGACGUUCGCGCCGAAUCAACCGCGCCAUCGGCGCCUGUCGAGCAUGGGAUCCGGGUCCGGCCUGCCGGACGAGCUGACCGCUGGCGGCGACGCAAUCGGAGCGCGCCGUCGCUCGAGCUUCCUGGUGUCGCUGUUCGUGGACGAGGACAAUACUACGCGUUACGACGAGGUCACGACGACCGCGAACGGUGGCCCCACCUCUCGGCGACGGUCGCGCUCGCGCAGCUACUGGGGCCCGGUCGGUGAGGCCGGUCUGCGGGACUCGAUCCGUUCGGCCCGGUCGCGGUCGCCCGUCUCGCACCACGAGUCCAUACGAUCCGGUGAUUAUUACAUGUUUGAGGAUGUGGAGCAAGAGUUCGAGCUGGAUCUGAUGGAACCGCACGAGUACGACGAUGAGUUGGACGAAAGAUCCCAGAAAGAUCAACGGCUGCGGCGAAGACUAACGCUCGGAAGGUUGGCCGCCCAACUGCGCAAGCAAAGGCAGAAGGAGGUGUACGAGCUUGCGUACGGCAAGCGCGAUGCUAACGAACUCGAGGAUGAUGAUGAUGACGACGACACUAAUGCGGCGGUCGAUCAGCCUCUUACGCUAGCGUCCAGCGAUCUGCCGGCGGAGGAGGAUCAGGCCCAGCCACCGGCACUGCGGCGACGGCGCCUCUCGUCGCCGGUCGUACUGAGGCGUGACCAUCCGACGCACACUGACCAUCGCGGCACAGACGACCGAACGGCUGCACUGGAACGGUCCGCUCUUUCCGAACCUUUACCACCAAUAGAGGCACAGUAUCCACCACCACCACCACCACCACCACUACCAACACUACCACAGACAGCUCAUUCAGGUACUCGGCUACGCAAGCCCACUGCUCUGGAUGCUCCGGAUGCUCAAACGGCCGGCCCAAGCAAGGAACUGCACGCCCAACACUCAAUAACCGACGAGGAGGCCCGCCUGCUAAGCGACGAGGAGGAUGAGGUGGAAGGCCGCAAGGAGGCAGACGUCGCCGAGGAGAAGAAGAGCAAGUUUUCCCUGUCCGGGCUGGCCCUAAUACCGGCCUUCCUGGCGGGUGUCGUCGGUUCGGUGACGCUAAGGUUACACCGUGCGUCACGCAACUAUCGGUACGUGAUGCGCGUGCUGACCCGUGAAAAGCAGGUGCUGAAGGAGACGCCCGGCUUUGGUGUUGGGGUGCGCGAUAAGGACGGCGUAUGGACGCACUACAUCUCGCGGUCGGGCAGUAGUACCUCACCCAAGCCCGAAGAAUCGCCUCCACCGUCCGGCGGCACGGUACGGUCGGGCGGUUCUAGUAGCGACGGCGGCGGUGGUAGUCUGUCGUCCCGUACAGGAUCACUCGCCUCGCUCAGUAGACAAUUGCACAGUAGUAACAUUAACGACAACACCGACUACGAGCGGGACUACGCGGAAGCGGAACAGCCGGCAUCGGCCGUGCCUUCAUCGCCGGCCGUAACGUUCACGGUGUCGGAGGUGCAGCCCGACACGGCGACGGAAAGCGACGCGAAAGCUAACACGAUACGCGAUCUGCAGGUGUACACCGGUGCAGAGCGGCAGCCGGUGGAUGAUGGACUGCAUACAGUGAGUGGAUUGGGAGCAGCUCUAGCAAUGAUCAGUCGUAAAGAUCCACUCAGGGAAGAAAUCGAAUCGUAUUACCAACACCGUAGGCGCAGUACUAGCUUACUACCCGAGAUACUCAUCUCGGCCCCGUCGGCCGAACGCGGUCUGGACGAGGAUGGGAUACCGUACCGCUACUAUUCCAAUGAUACACUGGACAGCAAAACCGACGGCAGCUCAACUGAAGCCGUCAAGCGUACGCUGGACGAGGUGAGCUCCGAAGAGGACUUCUCAUCGCGCAAACAUUCCGUGCUGUUCGAGCUGUUCCAGGCGGCCUGGUACGCGAUCAUGUCCCAUACCGACUUCAUAUGCUACUUUGUAGUAUUCCUGAACCAGGUUAACUCAGCCAGCCUGCUGUCACUACCACUUCCUCUGCUGGUGACGCUCUGGGGCACGCUGACCUUCCCCCGGCCGGCACAAACCUUCUGGACGAUGCUGAUCGCCUACACGCAGAUGGUCGUGCUGGUGAAGUGUAUCGGGCAGUUUGAGAUGUUCUGGUGGAACCAAACGCCGAUCCCUUCGAACCAACCGUUCCAUGUGGCGCGGCUGUUCGGUAUCGAACGCAAGGAUGGCUACGCAACGUACGAUCUGAUCCUGCUGCUGAUGCUGUACUGCCAUCGGUUCAUUCUAAAGUCGCUAGGACUGUGGAAAUCGGACCCAACGGAAGAGCCGGCCCUGUCCGAGGGGCUGUACCAGGUCGAUCCGAACGACGAACGCGCCAAGGCUCUGAUGGCGUUGGCAGAGGAAAAUGAAAAGAAAAAACAUCGCCGAGAGUAUUUGAAAAACUUAAAAAAAGCACUCGAACAAGCAAAAUAUCGUCCACUGAUGGAUGUUAGAAACGAUCGAAAAGUUCGAAGAUCACGAAGGGAAACGGUGAUAAUAUUUCUCAAAAGUCACACCUCCUUCAUACGAAAACUUGUUUCAAACGAAAGUGCUCGAAUGCUUAUACCGCAGUUGCUCGAAAAAAUGUCUCUCAGUGUAGCUCAGUUUUGUAUCACUGAAGAUCCAUUCGGGCGUGAAACGUUGGAAAUACGUCCACCGGAAGAGCUGACUGGACUGUCGAUGGUGAAGAUCAACGAAAAGGCGGGCACGAUCGUCGAGGAACCGAUCGGAGAGGAAUCAAACGUGCUCUGCGUAUCGAUACACCCGGAACCAGCCAAGAAAUACUUCCCGCAGAUAGCGAAGGAAGCAUUCCUGCGCUACUCGGCCGCCCUGAAAGCGUUCUUCGUGCAGCUGCUCGAUCGGCAGUCGCGAAAAACGACCGACGUGUACGGGUACAUGUUUUUGUGCGAUUUCAUCAACUUCUUCGUCAUUCUGUUCGGCUUUUCGUCCUUCGGGACACAAGACGGCGAUGGGGGCGUACUGUCGUACUUUGAGGAAAACCGCGUGCCCGUCACCUUCCUGCUGAUGCUGAUCAUACAGUUCUUCCUGAUCGUGGUCGACCGGGCGCUGUAUCUGCGCAAAAACAUCCAGGGCAAAAUCAUCUUCCAGUUCAUACUGAUCAUCGGGCUGCACGUGUGGAUGUUUUUCGUGCUGCCCGCGACGACCGAGCGCAACUUUAAUGCGACCACACCGCCCGUCCUGUACUACAUGAUCAAGUGUUUCUAUCUGCUGUUUUCGGCGUACCAGAUACGGUGCGGCUAUCCGGCCCGCAUUUUGGGCAACUUCCUGACGAAGGGCUUCACGAUGGCUAACUUCUCCGGGUUCAAGCUGUUUAUGACGGUGCCAUUCCUGUUCGAGCUGCGCACGCUGAUGGAUUGGAUCUGGACGGACACGUCGAUGACGCUGUUCGAUUGGCUCAAGAUGGAGGACAUCUUUUCGAACGUGUAUCAGCUGAAGUGCAUGCGGCAGCUGGAGGAAGAUUUGCCGGCACCGCGCGGCCAGAAGAAGGGCGCAAUGGUGAAGUAUCUGAUGGGGGGUGGUAUGAUGUUGGGCAUUAUCUUUCUCAUCUGGUUCCCGCUGGCCCUGUUUGCGUUUAGCAAUGCGGUCGGUCAGCCGAACAUUCCGCACGACGUGUCGGUGGAGCUGCGCAUCGGGACGUACGAGCCGGUGUACGCGAUGAGUGCACAAAACAAUAGCAUUUAUGGUCUCACACCAAACAAUUGGUCCAACUUUACGGCACCCUUCAUGGAGCGAUCGGCCCAAACGUUCCUCUCCAACUACGAACCUGCCGACGUGGCGGCUGUACAGCUCGGCAUAAGCUCUGCGUCGAUCUGGAACAUUUCCCCGCCCGAUCGGAACCGGUUGCUGUACGAUCUGAUCAACAACGUGACGCUAACGUGCCGCUUCCGGUACACGAUCAGCCGGAUGACCAACUCGAAGGAAAACCCGGGCGUCAUCUCCGAGGAGCGCACCUACCAGCUGUACGACGGGCCGGCCCGGCAGGCGCUCAUCAAUUCGCUCAGCCGAACGAAACCGGACGAAAUGGCGGUGCUGAUGAACAUUAUGCCCAAGUUUCUGCGCGUCCAAAACAGUGGCUCGAUACGGCCCGUUCAUCAGCUGGUUAAAACGGCUGACGGCGAUGAUGACGAAGAGAACUAUCGCAACGUGCAGCUACGGCAGCUGUACAUGGACGAAACGUCCAACACGAGCUGGUGGCAAGCGAUGGAGGACUGUUCGGACACGCUGUACGAGAAGUACUUUUCCCGGCUGCCGUAUGCCGACUGCACCAAUUUUCUGGUGAUUUACAUGUUCAACGACAAGAUAUUCCCCAGCACCAUCAGCUCGAUUGCGGCGGGCGGCAUUAUCGGCAUCUACUCGACGAUGAUACUGGUGUUCUCGCGCAUGCUGCGCACGAGCAUCUUUUCCGGCGCGAGCUCCAAAAUCAUGUUCGAGGAUCUGCCGUACGUCGACCGGGUGCUGCAGCUCUGUCUCGACAUCUAUCUCGUGCGCGAAUCGUCCGAGUUUACGCUGGAGGAGGAUCUGUUUGCCAAGCUGCUGUUCCUGUACCGGUCGCCCGAGACGAUGAUCAAGUGGACGCGGCCAAAGAAUGAGGGCGGCGGCGACGACGAAACGGACACGAUGACCGAUCAGCCCGAAACGCACCCGAAGCAGGAGUAGGGAGGAGAUGAUAUUUUGUUGUUUUUUUUGUGAUACAAAGCGAACUUACUGCUACUGUUAGGGCGUGGCGUGUGCGACACGUGGUCCGUUGUGGAAGGUGUUUUGAAGUUGGACACUUUUAUUGAUCGUUGUUAAGUUAUUGGGGCGAACAGUUGCAUACAACUGCAUACAUAACAAGCAAUAAACGGUAGAAGAGAGGUAGGCAGGAAACGUGCAUUACGACAGUGGAUUUAAAGUGGACGAGCAGACAGCAGACAAUCGACAGCCGGCAGCGUGGUUUAGUUUAGUGUGGUAACAAUUGUAAACGCAGCAAACAAAGUGGCACAGCUAAUGUGUGUUACCUGUACAUAGAAGACAUCAAAACGGCGCCAAACAUUACGAAACGAAACGUUUACAUUUACAAUUAUGCUAGAAUUUAAUUCGCAAUGCUAGUCGAACGCGGAGCCCGAUUUCCCCUUGUUAAUGUAGGGUCAGAGAGAGAGAGAUAGGGGGAGAGAGAGAGAGAGAGAGAGAGAGAGAGAGAGAGAGAGAGAGAGAGAGAGAGAGAGAGAGAGAUUCACAUGUGCAUUAUUAUCGUAAUUUAUAUUCGCUUAUCAACCCCACCCCUCUUCGGAUUCGAAACGGUUUUUUGCAUACAUCAGAAACGAUUAUUACGGUCGCUGUGGGGCUUUGCCGUUGCUUCCAGAGACCACCUCCCCCCCCCCCCCCCUUCCCAGUCAACCACCCCUCUCGAAUUUGUUAUUUCACAUCUCCUUUUUGCAGCAGCAUUUCAUCUCAUUUUCUAGUGCGUAAUUCAAUCGAAAUUUGUAACAUUUAAAAAUAAAGCGGAAAACCAAUGCCGGAACUGGAACUUUUCCGGGUGAAGUUGAA